AUGUCCGACCACCACACCAUGGUUUCUUCGGUGCCGCAGCCCCCAGCGCCGGACCCUGGGAUGCCGCGCGACGAGGUUUUUCUGUCAAAGUGGUACACCUGGAACAAUGACGUCUUUGACAAAUGGUACGCGCAGUGGCACGAGCGGCUCAAGGAGAAACACCCGUGGAUUACCAGCAGACUGCAGUUAACGGGGCAGGCGGAAGUGGAUAAUAGGCCGCAGGUUUGAUAAAGGAUUAUCGAUGGUGUAUGUGCUGUCGUGAAACAGAAGUUUGUUUGUAGCUUCCAUAGACAUCAUGGUACUAGCUUGAGAUGCAGUAGAAAGAGAAGCGCGUUGCUUUUUGUUUUUCAAUAUGCUGAUCGACGAGAAAUAAUGUUUGAUCAUACGCGAAGAUCUGCAACACCAACAUCCUCUUGUUUCAGAUCCUGACCGACACGGGAUUCUCCGACGUGGAUUGGACUGAAGACAAUGACACGUGGCGAUUUCUCAUUGGCGGGCUCUGCUUCCUAAACUUGGUCGCCUGUGUGAUUCUCGCGAUUAGCCGGAUGUGUAGCAGAGGCAGUAGUAGGACGAGAAAGCAAGAAAAGGACGCCGCCACUGUAGAAGCGGGAGACGCUGAAGCUGCCAUCAAGACCGGAGCUGGCGCGACGGCGACCAUUAUGGAAAAAAUGGACAGCAUCGAUGUCCUCGUCGAUCCAAAAAGUACUGCGGAUAUUAAAAACAAGCCGUCACCGCCCUCAACCGCACUCCCGUCAAGACAGAAUUCUAAGUCCCUGGACAACUACGAGCUCAGCGAAGUACUAGAAGCUGGAGAGCGACGAGAGCCGCAGGACGACCUACCGAUCGACGAAGCCGUGGUGCCGAUAGAUGAUGAGGAAAGUAGCGUGUUCACUGGGCCUUCCACGCACAGUCAGGCAUUGCCGGUUGUGUGGGAAAUAUCGAUGAAUAAUAGCGCAGGAGCAGGAGCAACAACAUCACAAGCACAACAAAAAAUAAAUGCCCCACCUCGUCAAAUAGAAAUAAACACCGAGGGCCAACACAACCUUUCUAUGGCUCCGGAAGUCAGCAAAACGUGCUGCAAGGGGAUCGAUGCGCAAAUCUAUGGUGUCCUCUCCGCUGCAAUCACUGUUUUCCUCGUCGACGGGUUCCCCUUCAUUCCGAUAUGAAAUGCAAAACUGAAAACAAGCAUCGUACUCGUGUAAAUGCAUUUACAAUUUUCCUCAGCAUAACAAAAAUUGCAAUGCGGAUUUACCUUAAGAAAAAGAUAACUUGUAUAUGCAAAUGGUGCAUGAGUGCAAUUAUAUUACGAGCGCAAUACUUUUGCACAGGAUAUCCGAAACCGGGAAACAAAGACGAAAUGUCCGCGAAUAAAGCGAAGAACAAAAAAUAUCAGUUCGUGGCAGGAGCCGACAGAGCCCUUGCUCUUUUGAAGGAUAAGAUGCACAUCACAUCACAAGCCUCCGCGGCCCCGAGCGGCUCUAGUACUUCGAGAAGUUCCUGGAAAGUGCGUUUUUUCCAAGCGGUUUUGUCUAACACGUUCGGCCUCGGCUUCGGCCUCGCAGCGAUGUACGGGAUGUUUCGGCACAUUCAGACGAAAUUACCUGAAACCCGAGUGUACCUGCACAACCGCGAAUGGGUCAUCGUUUUUCUCCUCGCGCCCCUGUUUCAGACCGUGGCGUUCUUCGCGGCGUGGCGGGUUUUGAAACUCUUUUUCGCCAGCAGCAACAUGAUAUCCAGGGAAAAAACUGUGUAAGUGUAAGUUUCGAGGGAGAGCAGCAUCACAAAUAAAUCGCUUUGCAUUACAGGUAAUCAAGUCUGUCAUGCGCAGCUAGUACGCGAAAACACGCAUGAAAGUGGCUUAUGACGCACCUCCAGCAUGACAAGUGUAAACAAUCUUGCACUUUCUGCAUCACAGACUUACACUUACACAGUUUUUUUCUUGCAUACAUGAAAAAGCUCGUCUACUGCCUCGCGGUCGUUUGUGAUCACGGGUGGCGCGGGGGUGCGCGAGUGUUUCGCGGCAUGUUGCUCGGCUUGACCGUGUAUGCACUGCAAAUAUGUCUGGGUCUGGUUCUGGAAGAUUGCAAGAUUUAUCAUGCUUGUCUGGCAUGACCAAAAAGUUUGUGAUGCGUGUUCAAGAAGAGACCCUUUUGCCUGUCAUGCAAAAACGCAGUUUGUCAUGCGAAAAACGCAACACAAAGAAGCGCAGAUAUUUCUCAUGCUUGGCUGUGCAUUACAGAGCAUUCACUACUCCCGACGCAGCAUUACAAGCUUCCAGACCCAGACACUUUUGCAUUUGAUGCCGUGUACUUCGGCGGAUAUUUCCUC